AAGGCCAUCCCGCUGGGGCGCUGCGGCCUGGAUCUCAUCGUGCAGGCCAAGUCCGGCACCGGCAAAACCUGCGUGUUCGCCGCCGUGGCCCUGGACGCGGUGCUGCUGGAGAGCCCCGCCACGCAGAUCCUCAUCUUGGCUCCCACGCGAGAGAUCGCCGUGCAGAUCCACGCCGUGAUCACGGCUCUUGGAAUCCAGAUGGAAGGCUUGGAAUGCCACGUCUUCAUCGGAGGGACUCCUCUGAGCCAGGACAAAGCCAGGCUGAAGAAGUGCCACAUCGCGGUUGGCUCCCCAGGUCGAAUAAAACAGCUGAUAGAGUUGGACUACUUGGAUACAGGCAGUAUCCGGCUUUUCGUUCUCGAUGAAGCAGACAAGCUUCUUGAAGAAGGCAGCUUUCAGGAGCAAAUCAAUUGGAUUUACUCUUCACUGCCCGCCAAUAAACAGAUGCUUGCUGUUUCAGCUACUUAUCCCGAAUCCUUAGCUAAUGCUUUGACCAGGUACAUGAGAGAGCCAACGUUUGUGAGGCUGAACCCUACUGACCCCAGUCUCAUUGGGCUGAAGCAGUAUUACAAAAUUGUGAAUUCACAUCCGCUUCCGCAUAAAACGUUUGAGGAAAAAACCCAGCACCUACAGGAGUUGUUCAGCAAGAUUCCGUUUAAUCAAGCCUUAGUCUUCUCAAAUUUGCAUAGCAGGGCGCAACGUCUAGCUGAAGUACUGACAUCCAGAGGCUUUCCUGCUGCUGAGUGCAUUUCAGGCAACAUGAAUCAGAACCAACGCCUUGAUGCUAUGGCUAAAUUAAAGCAGUUCCACUGUAGGGUUCUGAUCUCCACAGACUUGACAUCUCGUGGAAUCGAUGCUGAAAAGGUGAAUCUGGUUGUCAACCUGGAUGUACCUGUGGACUGGGAAACGUACAUGCAUCGUAUUGGCAGAGCGGGGCGCUUUGGGACUUUAGGCUUGUCUGUGACAUACUGCUGCCGUGGAGAGGAAGAAAACAUGAUGAUGAAAAUUGCUCAGAAAUGUAAUCUUCAGCUUCUUCCUCUACCAGAGCCUGUGCCUCCUGGAAUGAUGGAUCAGUUCGAAGAUGGGCAGGUAGAAGUCAAACCUGUUAUACAUACAGGUGCUUCAGUGAAUUCUGACACUGUGUGUCUUAGACCAGAGGAACCAGUACUGCAGCCUGUCCAAAACAGUUUUGCAGAAGUACCUCAGCCUCUUCCAGGUCUUCCAGUUGAUAAUUCUUCUGUAGAAAGGCCAAAAAAGGCUCUGAAGCCAAAGCAGAUAAAAAAGUGCACAAAUUCUGCAAAACCAGAAGGUGGUAGUGGAAAGCCUCAGAUUUCCAGUUGCCACACAGAACAGAGGAAUCGAGUCAAAACUGUCUCCAGGACUGAUGGACAAUGUAACACUCAGUCUCCAGAUGAGGAGGCCUUGAGAAAAAAUCUUCCCAGAAUUCCGUGCUUGUCGUCUUUCAAAAACCAACAGAAAAAUCCCUGGAGCUUCUCAGAGUUUGUUGAAGACUAUGAGUAUUUCAUUAAAGAAGGGCUGGAGAGGGAGGUUGAAAUUUUAAGAAGCUACUCAGGCCCAGGAGAACAAGGCGAGCUGCCCAGAAACGGUGGUGUAGAGUGGAAAGAGGUGGGACAUGAUGCAGAGAUCGUAGCAAACGGUGUUGUGUCUGGUGACAGUGAUGGUUUGUACAGUUCCAGGGCUUCCUCCAGUAGCAGGGAAAACAACUCGUGCUUUGAAGCACUUUCAGAUACACAGGAGAAGAACGCUGUUCCCACAAUAUGUCAGGGCCAUGCAGGCUUGUGUUCGACACCAGAGAAGCCUCAGGAACUGUCACAAGUCCCAAAGCAAAAUCGAGUGAAAAAGAAAGUUCUGAAACAAAACCCUAAACAAAAGAAAAGCCAUUCCCAUGGAUUCCCUAGUCCUUCCGCUGGGAAAACUGAAGAUGACUGCUCCUGCAGCUCUUGGGAUGAUGGUGUUCCACAUGAGGCUUGGAGUUACAGAAACUACUGGAAAUCUUAUUAUCAAGCCUGGCAAAACUACUACGCUGCGGUGUCUCACUACAGGAGAAGUUACAGACACUUCAGCUGGAUGGGUGCCUAUCAUGUCAACUCAGUCUAUCUGCAGGAACUGCUGAAAAGUGGAGAUUGA